GUUGCCGGGUGUAAGGUAGAGGCGGAGUGCAGCCUGUUGGUCGGGACAGACGGGGGCAGACAGAGGACGCAGCUGUCACAUGCUGGAUGAUCGGUGCUUUGGAGCUGACUUACGGGAUGAGGGAUUGAUUUUAAACGGCAUCAUUCUAUAAAUGGGGAAACGCUUUUUUUGUUAAAGUGAAACCAGUCGUGAUCCGUUAGAAUAUUUCAAAGUUGUGGUCCGCACGUAGGCACUGUUUGGACCAGAGCACGUUCGGUGGUUUGAAUAACGUUACCGGGGAGACGGUAGUUGAGACGACAGAGGACUCUAAGCUCUAACUACGUGCGGCCAGUAAUUUUUGUAGAACCUUCGCAGAGAAUAAAACCAACACGUGAAUAGAUCUGCCGGAGCGAGGAGGACAUUGUAAGAAAGAGAGGAUCGAAGCAGCAUGGUUACCACAAAGGGAGCAGGUCUGAACCCCAAUGCUAAAGUGUGGCAGGAGAUCCCUGCCAUCCAGAACGACGUCCCGGAGGGGACCGAGGAUGCUCCUUGGCUGCUGGCCUACCCUCCUCCCGCUGAGAUGGCAGACGGUUGCUCAGAUGUUCCCUCUUCAGGGGGAAAAGGAUGUGACGGUGAAUAUCUUGACAGCACAGCUGACUUUGCCUCUGUACCUACAGAGGAGAUUGUGAAUGGCACUGAGCAACCUGACUUGGUGUAUUUAGCCUUUGACCCACAAUGCGAAUCAACCAUAGAUGGUGAUGUGUGUAAGGAAGAACCAAUGUCUGAAGAGAGCCUCAGAGAGUCUUUAAAGAAACAACUUGAGUUCUGCUUUUCUAGAGAGAACCUAUCCAAGGACCUGUACCUAAUAUCCCAGAUGGACAGUGAUCAGUUUAUUCCCAUCUGGACCAUUGCUUGCAUGGAGGACAUCAAAGCCCUAACCACUGACUUGGACCUAAUCCUGGAAAUACUGCGAGCCUCUCCCAUUGUGAAAGUUGAUGAAACUGGAGAGAAGGUUCGCCCAAACCACAGUCGCUGCAUCAUUAUUCUGAGAGAGGUGCCUGAGACUACUCCAGUUGAGGAAGUGGAGGCUCUCUUUAAGGGUGAAAACUGUCCUAAAGUGUUGAGUGCUGAGUUUGCACACAACAGCAACUGGUACAUAACGUUUCAGUCAGACAUGGAUGCCCAACAGGCUUACAGGUACCUUAGAGAGGAAGUAAAAACGUUCCUGGGGAAACCGAUCAUGGCUCGCAUUAAGGCCAUUAACACAUUCUUUGGUAAGAACGCCUUCCGUAAUGUGGACUCCAGUGUGUACAGUCAGCACGCCCAGCCACAGGCUCAGUAUGGCUCCCCGGUCUACAUGCCGCAGCCGUACAGCGCUCAGCAGCAGUACCCCGUGUACCCUGUGGUGUCUCCAACCUGGAACCCUUCCGUCAUGCCUUAUUUUGAAACACCACUGGCCCCUUUCCCGCACAGCAGAUUCAUAAAUGGUUACAACAGUCCUGGGAACUACGAAGCAAACUCCAGCUCUAUCAACACAACACGACCCAUGAGCAGGAACCGAAAUCAAGUUAAGGGUAACCCAAGGCCUGGAGACAUGCCCCCUUCUUCUUUGGUUCUUGCGAGCCUGAUGGAUGGUCCGUCUGGUCCUUUGAGUCCACAGCCUCUUGAGACAUCAGGCACGCUGACUGGCACUGCUUCAACAACAGCCCCUGUCCCCUCCCUCAGCUUUAAAGACCUUUCUCCACAGGCCUCCAUACCCAGUGGAUAUCUGAGCGGGGCUGCCCGGGGCCGAAGAGGUAGCAACAGAGGCAUGAGGAGAAGAAGAGAAGAUGAUCAUUCCCUGAAGCCUGUCGCUGUGAUUGAGGCCAAGGUACAACCUGCACCAAAGUUUGACCUGGAGGCUACAAGUUUUCCUCCUUUGCCGGGAUCUGUGGUCAGUCUGCGGGGAGAUGCCAUCCCAGAGAUGCGCCUUUCUGAUGUUGUGCGCGGCCUGAAGGUGACAAACAAGCCUGUGAGCCAAGAUGUUAACGAAACUCGACACACCAACAAGUCUGAAGAUGCCGUAAGCACAGCAGAGCCUGUUACCCCGGCUGCUAAACUUGCUCCUGUGACACCUCUCGCAAUGGGACCUCCAGUCUUAAGUGUUUCUGCUACGGUAAAUGAAGAGGAAAAAACUGAACCUCCUAUUCCAAAGGAUACAGUCUCCCCUUCGUCGCCACUUGCCUCCCCAACAGCAUCUGAACCUGCUCCCUCCUCCUGCAGCCAGCCUGAAUCUGCAGAGGCACCUUCCCCAUCUCCCCCAACAUCUCCAACAUCAGAUCUGGGGGCAAAAAAGCUGAGCUAUGCACAAGUUUGCCAGAGGCUGGCCAUGGACCCACCACCAGUACCGACGUCCUCUCCCUCCCCCCCUGCCUCCUCCGCCGGCCAACCCCUGCAGGAGCUCAAGGUCAACAGAGUUGAGGAGCAUCGGCCCAACUCCAGGCGCACUAUGGAAAAUCGAGAGAAACACAGAGAAAGCCGCCCUCCUCGUCAACCACUACGUUCCUUCCGAGGGGCGAAUGGCCAAGUACGAUCUGGAGGCCUGAAGACUCGGGAAAAUCAGAGAGGCUUGAAUAAUGCUGGCAAACAUUUCUCCCCUCAGCGGGGAGCCAGGCGCAGUGGCAAAGAACAGAAUAUUCCCCCAAGGUCACCAAAAUAACUAAGGAAAAGGGAACCUAUAAAACAUGGACUUUAACAGAAAUUAAAACAAUACAUGUACAUAUAUAAUAUAUGUAAAUAGACAGAUGAAUAUAUUUCAUUUGACAGACUUUUUCAAUUAAUCUUGUUGCAGACCUGAAAUUAUUAAGGAAGAUUUAAGUAGUUAUACCUUUUUGAGGUUAGAUGCGUCUAUUCUGUCGACAGAAUGGAUAAAAAAAACAACUUGAUAAUCAAAAGAUGCCUCGAUAAACAGGCUAAUUUUGUAUUGUGUUUUAGGAGAGAUGGAUCUUGUUACUUUAAAAUGUAAGGUAGUCUAACGUCUAGAAGGCUCUGUCAACUUCUGAAAUGAUGAUUAAGGCACAUUUCCCCCACAUGUUUAUUGUUGGCAUGUAAUUUAGCUUCAGCUUCCUUAUCAAAAUGUGUUUUGCGUCAAAAUCAAGGAUCUAUGAUUAUUUGUAGAAUAGAGAAUUGAUUUCAUGAUGGAACCAUAGGGUGCCUGAUUGUAACUUUGAAUUUAUGAGUUGUGGAAUACUGAAUACUUUAUCUAGACAUGCUACACAAAUGAUGCUUGUGAAAACAAAGAAACAUUUCAGAAGAUUGCGUUGAGUUAUGAUGAGCAAUGCAGAUAUUAGAUCAAAACCACUGACAUUUGAACUAAGCUCUGUAUUUUUACUGGAGUAGAACUGCUUCUUUACUUUUUUAGCAGGAUUUUAAUUUGUGAUUUAAUUACUGUAUCUUGUGUUUCAAAUACUCAUGAGUUAGUUUGCAGCCAAAUGACCUACUGUUGUUGAGGAUUAUUAGAGGUAAGCAGGAUGAAUGUCUUAAUGUUUUAUCAGAUGUCAGUAAUGCUGUUGUGUGUCUCAGUAAGCAAGAUUACAGGGUUCGGUGGCUAGUUUUGGCUUAAGGCUCAAAUUCUGUUCUAGCUAGUAGAAUUUUUCUAUAGUAGGAUGGUAAAUCAUGAAUAAUGAGCUGCUCUUAAUCUGCUACUAGCCAUUUGCAUGAUAAUUACUAAAACAAAUCGGAUGAUCUAAAGCAGGGGUCUCAAACUCGCGGCCCGCGGGCCCACUGCGGCCCUCAAGACGAUAGUUUGCGGCCCCCACCUCAAUAUGAAAGUUUAAUGUUAAUGCGGCCAGCGAGUUUGAUACGAAUGGCACUUUUCAGUGUUGUGUGCAGAGCUGAACGAACCUACCAAUCACGGUGGGGUAUAUUGCUCUCGGGGGCGGGACAUCGGCCGCGGGCUCAGAAGCGGAGGCGGCCGCGGAAAUUGCUGCUCAGUGGGACAGAAAAAGAAGCGGAAAAGACGUAUCGGCUAAACACUGAAACUUCAACGCGACAGUGACACCAAGUGGAAAUAUAUAUUACACAGCCCCAAAAAUGUCUUUUUCUAAGCCUGCAGUGAAGAGAAAGGUUGGUGAUGAGCACAGACAAUUUCAGGAAAAGUGGGAAGUGCAAUAUUUCUUUGUUGAACACAGGGGCAUCCCGACGUGUCUUAUUUGCACAGAGAAAGUUGCAGUGCACAAAGAAUACAAUUUGAAACGUCAUUACACAACUAGACAUGCUGAGGAGUAUGCAAAAUACCAGGGAGAUGAGAGAGCCAACCGGGUUGCUAAUCUUAAAACAUAUCAACUGAGGCAACAAGAUUUCUUUAAGAAAGCAACCAGAGAGAAUGAUGCAGCAGUCGAAGCUAGCUACGUGGUUAGUGAGAUGAUUGCUAAAGCAGGAAAGCCAUUCACAGAAGGUGAAUUUGUCAAAAAGUGUAUAUUACAGGCUGCAAGUAUUGUCUGACCAGAAAAUAAAGGUCAGUUUAGCAACAUCAGCCUUUCUGCCAACACCGUGGCAGAGCGCAUUUCUGACCUGUCAAGUGACAUUUAUGAUCAACUGUGUGAGAAAGCAAAAAGUUUCAGUGUAUACUCAGUCGCUCUUGAUGAGACCACAGACAUCACGGACACUGCCCAGCUCGCAAUCUAUGCCCGUGGUGUUGAUGACAAUUUUGAAGUCAUAGAGGAGUUGCUCACAGUGAUUCCAAUGCAUGGCCAGACCACCGCCAUCAAUGACAGGGAGGAAAAAUGGACUGGUGGCACUUGUUCAAAAAAAACUGGAAGAGGAAGGUGUGGAGGAGGCCAUUGCUCUGCACUGCAUUAUCGAUCAGCAGGCUCUUAGCAGCAAAUGCCUGAAGUUUGACAAUAUGAUGUCUUUCGUUGUGAAAUGCAUCAACCAAAUCAGAUCCAGGGGCUUAAAGCACAGAAGGUUCCGUGCUUUUUUAGAGGAAAUGGAGUCAGAAUAUGGGGAUGUGCUCUACUUCACCGAGGUACGUUGGCUCAGCAGGGGAAACAUGUUGAAGAGAUUUUUUGAGUUGAGAGCGGAAGUGAAAGCCUUCAUGGAGAAAGAUGGGGUUGCUGUUCCUGUGCUAAGUGAUCCCAAAUGGCUCAUGGACUUAGCUUUUUUUGUUGAUAUCACACAUGAGCUUAAUGUACUGAACAAGAAGUUACAAGGCCAAGGGCAACUUGUUAGUGCUGCCUAUGACAACGUGAGAGCAUUCUCUACAAAACUUAUGUUAUGGAAAGCCCAGCUUUUUCAGACAAACCUUUGCCAUUUUUCAGCAUGCAAGGCACUCAUGGAUGCAGGCACACCAUUCAGUGGGGAGGAGUAUGUGGAUGUCAUUUUGAAGCUACAGGAGGAAUUUGAUCACAGAUUUGCAGACUUCAAGACGCACAGAGCCACAUUUCAAAUUUUUGCGGACUCCUUCUCCUUUGAUGUGCAAGAUGCCCCUCCUGUGCUUCAAAUGGAGCUCAUUGACCUGCAGUGCAACUCUGAACUCAAAGCCAAGCUCAGGGAGGUGAGUGGAAAAGCAGACAAGCUCGGGCAAUAUUUGAGAGAAUUGCCCCCCAGCUUCCCUGAGCUUUCACGAAUGUUCAAGCGGACCAUGUGUCUUUUUGGGAGCACAUGCUUGUGCGAAAAGCUCUUCUCUAUGUUGAACUUCAAUAAGUCCAAGUACAGGUCCAGACUUACUGAUGAGCAUCUUCAAGCCCUACUGAGGGUCUCAACUGCUUCAUCCCUGCUUAAGCAAAAUGUGGCUCGGCUAUGCGAGAGGAAGCGCUGCCAGAUCUCUAGCAGCAAGAAGUAGGCAGAAGAAGCCAUGUUCAGAACAGUUUAUGUUCAAUGUUCCAUUCAUGUUCAGAAAGUGAAAUGUUAAAGAACUGUUAAUACAGAUAUUUGAAUCUGAAUAAUAAUAAUUACAUUUCUCUAGUCAGCAACUAUAUGUGGUUUCUUCAGUCUUCUAUAUCUGCUGUAUUAUUAUUAUUAUUAUUUUAUUUAUUUAUUACUGAUUGAUUGGUUUUUUUCUUAUGAAUUUGUUCAUUUAUUUUUUCAUCUUAUUUUGUGUUAAAAAAUAAAAAUAAAGACAUUUGAUAACA